AUAUAAAAAUCCAAAAUGUCAAAUUCAGAAAUGUCAAAUCGUGUUGAUAAUAAUAUAAAUGAACAAAAUAAUAAAUCAAAAGAUCAAAUUGAAUUGGGUCCGGUUGAUAAACGUACUCGAUUUCAGGUCAAUAAAGUACAUACAACAACUGAUAAUCAACCAAAUGGUAAUAAUAAUCGUGAUACACUUAUUGAUAUACAACCAGGAGAUGCUGAUGAUUACGAAGAUGGUGAUAUUGAUGGUGUUUAUAAGGCAAGCGAAACGGCGCCUCUUAAUUGUGAUACAGCUGCUAGUUAUGAUACAAAAUAUGGCAAAAGUUUUAGACACUUCACACGCGAGGCACUGCCGCGAUUGGAUAACUAUAGAAAUAUUAUGUCAAUACAAGCAGCUUAUAGACCGACGCUAGAUGAAUUACAUCAUCCUAGUAUCACUGUAAAGCCUAUAAGUCCACAAAAUGUUCAAAACAAGGGUGGAGGUGAUGCACCAAAUGAUGCAGAACAAUUGCAGGGUCAACUUAAAUUUGGUUGGAUUAAAGGUGUACUUGUACGAUGUUUACUUAAUAUAUGGGGUGUUAUGCUCUUCUUACGAUUAUCAUGGGUGGUUGCACAAGCUGGAAUUGGUCAAGCGUGUCUUUUAAUUUUAACCACAACUGUUGUAACUACAAUUACAGCACUUUCAAUGUCAGCAAUUAGCACGAAUGGUGUCAUUAAAGGCGGAGGCACGUAUUAUAUGAUAUCCCGAAGUCUUGGUCCAGAAUUUGGUGGGUCUAUUGGAUUAAUUUUUGCAUUAGCUAAUGCAGUUGCUUGUGCUAUGUACGUGGUUGGUUUCUGUGAGUCAAUGAAUGAUUUAUUGGCAAGCUUUGGUGUACAAAUAGUUGAUGGAGGUGUACAGGAUGUACGAAUUAUAGGUGCUAUUACGAUAUUAAUAUUACUUAUUAUUGUCGUUGUUGGUAUGGAAUGGGAGGCUAAGGCCCAAAUUGGUUUACUUAUAAUAUUAUUGGUAGCGAUGGCAGAUUUUAUGAUUGGAACAUUUGUGGGCCCACAAAGCGAUGAAGCCAAAGCAAAAGGUUUCUUAGGAUAUGAUUGGGAUUUAUUAACGCAGAAUUUUGUAUCUGAUUAUCGAGAAUCCGAAGGUGUAGAACACAAUUUCUUCUCGGUAUUUUCAAUAUUUUUUCCAGCAGCAACUGGUAUAUUAGCUGGAGCAAAUAUUUCUGGAGAUCUGAAGGAUCCACAAACCUCAAUUCCAAAAGGAACAAUUUUAGCAAUUAUAUUAACAUCAUUAUCAUAUAUUGUUAUGGCAAUAAUGGCUGGAUGGACAGUUGCUCGUGAUGCUACAGGAGAUGUUGCAGAUCUUGCAAAUAAUACAUUUUUAAAUUGUACAAAUAUUCAUUGCGAAUAUGGUUUACACAACAGUUUCCAGGUAAUCGAAUUAGUAUCGAUUGUAGGACCCAUCAUUUAUGCAGGAUGUUUUGCUGCUACACUUUCAUCGGCACUGGCGUCAUUAGUAUCAGCCCCAAAAGUAUUUCAAGCAUUGUGUCGUGAUAAAUUGUAUCCGAAAAUUGAAUGGUUCGCCAAAGGUUACGGAAGCAAUAAUGAACCAGUUCGUGGUUAUAUUUUAACAUUUUUUAUUGCAAUUGGUUUUAUUUUAAUUGGGGAAUUAAACUUGAUUGCACCUUUGAUAUCAAAUUUCUUCUUAGCUGCUUAUACUUUAAUUAAUUUUUCAACAUUUCAUGCAUCACUUGCAAAGCCUGUUGGAUGGCGACCUACAUUCAAGUAUUAUAGCAUGUGGUUAAGUUUAGUGGGCUCUAUUCUAUGUGUCCUUGUCAUGUUUUUAAUAUCAUGGAUAACAGCUUUAUUAACUUUGUCAGUAGUAAUGGCGUUAUAUUUAAUAGUUCAAUACAGAAAACCAGCUGUGAACUGGGGAUCUACAACACAAGCACAAACAUAUAAAAAUGCAUUAAAUGCCGUCCAUCAACUGAAUAGUGUUGAAGAGCAUGUAAAAAAUUACCGUCCACAAAUUCUUGUUUUAACUGGCUUACCUGGUACCCGACCACCCCUAGUCGACUUUGCGCAUUUGUUAACUAAAAAUUUAUCUAUGCUCGUAUGUGGCCAUAUAUCUAAGGAAUGUAUAUCAAAUCGUGUACGAAAUAUUCUCAACCAUAAAGGAAAUGGUUGGUUAAAAUCACACAAGAUAAAAGCAUUUUAUACGUUUGUGGAUGAUUCAUCAUUUGAAGAAGGAGCUAAAGCUUUAAUGCAAGCUUCAGGGGUUGGUAAAUUGAGACCAAAUAUUUUAUUAAUGGGCUACAAAUCAAAUUGGAGGAAAUGUCCAUUAGUUGAUUUAAAUAUGUAUUUUGAAGUAAUGCACAAAGCGUUAGAUAUGCAUUUAGCUGUGUGUAUUCUACGAUUACAAGACGGAUUAGAUUACAGUCGAGUAUUGGGUGUUGGACUUGAUGAAUUUGGUAAUACAUCAUUACUUGGCGGUGGUGCUGCACAAACACAAACAAAUGUUGAUCAAUCUUUACGUUCACGAAGAAAUAGCACAGAAUCAUUAAUAAAAGAUAACAAUUUUGGACAAAUUUCACAAGCAAGCAGUUCAAGUGACAUAUCAAUGCCUGUGACACCAACUUCAAAUCGACUAAGAAACAAUGUGAGUGUAUGUCCAAACCCAGAAGACGAAACAGUUAAUAUAUCAAAAACUACAGAAACAUCGAAGGAUUCAAAUAAAGAUGAAUAUAAGGGACCAGGUGGAACUGAACUUCCAAAAGAUAUAAUCAAUAACUUGUGCCAAUUUCAACGGAAACAAAAGAAAACAACUAUUGACGUGUGGUGGCUUUAUGAUGAUGGCGGUUUAACAUUACUUCUUCCGUAUAUUAUCAGCACAAGACAUACAUGGUCUGGUUGUAGAUUGCGUGUUUUUGCGUUAGCAAAUAAACAAUCAGAAUUGGAAUGUGAGCAAAGAAAUAUGGCUUCAUUACUUGCUAAAUUUCGUAUCGAUUAUUCUGAUUUGCUAAUUAUACCAGAUAUAACACGAAAACCGCAUGAUAAUACCCGAGCAUUCUUUGAGACAUUGGUGACAGAUUUUCGAGUACCAUUGGUUGAUGGGGAUCCUGAUAGUGCGCCAAUAUCAGAAGCCGAUUUGAUUGCAAUGAAGGAUAAGACAAAUCGUCAUUUACGAUUACGUGAAUUACUGUUACAACAUUCACAAGAUGCUGGUUUAGUUGUAAUGACGCUGCCAAUGCCAAGGAAGAAUAUCGUGUCCGCUCCUUUAUAUUUAGCUUGGUUAGAAGUCCUUACAAGAGAUAUGCCACCAUUUUUACUAGUACGAGGGAAUCAUACGUCCGUAUUAACAUUCUAUUCAUAGAAAUUUAAAUAUUCUCAUUACGUUUAUUAAAAUAAGUAAUUUAGACAUUUCUUUCAUUUGAUAAGUUAUGUUUUUUUCUUUGGUAUUAAAACGGUUGCUUCCAACUCAAUUUUUAAAUGUAUUUAUAUUGUGAGGUUGUGCUUUUUAGUAAGUGUCUUUUGUAAUCAUUUUAUUCAAAUUUUAAAUUUAGUUCAUACGAAUUCAUAAAACUGUACAAAAACAAUAAAUAUUUAAAAUUUUACUUCAGUUUAUAUUUUAAGGGAUAUAGAAAAAAUAAAAAUUCUCCAAAGACCAACAUAGGUACAAAAUUCUAAGACGAAAUGAAUCAGCUAAUCAAUUUCAAGUAUUCCAUCUUCCAAUUUGAACAAAUGGGGCCCGCCGAAAUGGCCUAAAACGUUUCGGACUCAGUUUAUUUCAUGACUUACGAUCGUUUAACUUUGAAGCAUUUAAAAAUGCAUAUCGCUAUCCAAUAUUAUUGUCAUGGCUUAUCGUAAAUUUCUAUUAUAGAUUCACAUUGCCUGGAAGUUGUAAACAAGUGCGAUCUAAUAAUAUUAUAUCCAAGGUAAUAAAGUAGACUUUAUAAAUUUUCUGGUGUGUUAUUUGAUAUAUCAUAUCUCGUACACUUUUUGAGUUUGGAAUUAAAAUGACAAAAAAUUUAAAAGCAUUUUUUUUGUUUCUAAAAUACUAAUUUUGUAAAUUUGUGCGCCUGUGGAAAUUGCAGAUUUAUUUAUUUAAUUUUAUCUCAAUAUGGAUAGGGAGAUAUGCGAGAAACCAAUAAAUGUGUAAAAUCGAUCACAAUAUUUGGUGGCGUCAUGUAUCUUUCAUAAUCCCUCAUAUAUUGCAAUACAGAAUCGAAAAAGAAGAUCUCGACUUGCACUAAAGCUUAAGACAUAAAAAAUGGAAUACUUGCCUGUGAUUGGUUAAUUUUCUUACUCCUUUUUAUGUGUCCUGGCCUUAAAUAAGUAUCCUAAAGGAGUGGAACAAUCUCCAUUAAGUCAAGUGAGUUUAUAUUUUGCUUAAUUAAUGAUAGAAUCUCAAAUCAUUUUUUAGUAUUUUAUCAUUGUCAUAAAUUUUUAAGAUUUUAGAGCAGAUUUUAAUGAAAAUUUUAUAAAUGUAUUAUUUUUAUUAGCGAAUUUUAAAAAAAUAAUUAAGGAACCUAGUGUAAUUAAGUUAUUUAAUGUAAAUCUGAAUAAAUUAGUAGGCUGAUAAGUGAACAGACACAAGUAGGAACUAAAAUUAAGUAAGUUAUUUGGUUUAUUAACCGGUCAAAUAAAUUUCUGAAUAAUAAUUAACUAAAUAUUUUUAAAACAGAGAGUAUUUUUUUUAAAAGAACCAUUUCAUUUCAUUUAAUAUUUGCAUAUCCCGCGUUAUGCUUAAUAGCUCCGGUUAUAUGUUGUAGAUAUGCUAGAUGGCAUUAAAAACUUAUUUGGUUAAUUUUCCGGUAAUUUACCAAAAGGUUAUUGGUAAAUUAAGUAAAAUAUAUAUUUUACUGGUAAAAUCGCAUGCCUAACUACAAUAAUAGAGCUAGUACUCGUCUUUCAGCAAAUAAUUUCAACAAAUUCCUCAUCUAAGUGAAAUCGUCACCCGCUUAGUGUCUGUGUGCGCCUUGCAUAAAAAUUACUGAAGAGGUUGUGGUGCGGCUUUUUGCUCAGUAUAGAAAGUCACUUAGAGAAACUUGUCUGCCUCACUCUUCGAGUAAUAAAUAUUUUGCACAUCUAUUUAGUUUAAUAUUCAACUAGCAAAGCUUUUGAGAGAGAGAGGCAUGAUUUCCAUAUACCACAUACUUAUUGGAAAAUUUCCGAAACAUACAUCAGUAUACUGGCCAGUAGUAAUGACGUCAUGAAUCUGACACCAUCUUGUACUGGUCUGCCGCGAUAUUGUGCUGGUGAGAACAGUAUAAAAUACACCAUGCAUUUAUAACUAUAUGUAAUAUGUAAAUUAAUUCUAAUAAUCAUAAAUAUUAUUGAUAACUCUCCGUCCAUUUGUGACGUAUUGUAUGUAAAGGCUUUUAGUCAAUUAAAAACUUAGCUGAAAAAUUUUGCAUAUUGUAAAGACAAUUAUGAAAUCUAAACAUUUUUAUUAGUAAAAACUUUAUG